AAUAAGUACCACAAUGGUAUGAAAGAAAAAUUUUUCUAUAGACGACUCGCGCUCAGUAUUAUUUGAGCUGUCGUUUGAAAUGGAAUAUCCUGAAGAUCAGUAUUACAGACUGAAUCGUGUUUGUUUAUCAGCAAUUGGUCUUUGGCCAUAUAAUAACUUCAAAAUCAGAUGUAUCCGUGUCAUAACACUGUUAAUUCUUGUAUCAAUGCCUGGUGUUCAGUGGACAAAAUUAUAUGUCUCAGAAUGUACUUAUGAUCUUGUUAUAAAGAUAUUAUCUUUUAAUAUUGGUUUCAUAACAUGUUGUAUAAAGUACAUCUCAUUUUGUGCUGUUAUGAAAAAUUACGUUAAAGAAUUCCAGGGACGCAUUCGAAGUAAUUGGCUUGCUUUGAAAGAUAAUAAAGAAUUCGAGAUUAUAAAUAAGCAUGGAAUCUAUGGAAAAUUAAUGACAAUAUCUUUAAUGAUAUUCGCAUACAGCUUAAUUACAACCUUCAUUCUUCUUCAAUAUACUUCAAUCUUUUUGGAUAUUAUAAUACCUUUAAAUAUAUCUCGUCCGCUCAUACCAAUAAUACCCGUGGAAUAUUUGGUUGACCAUGAGAAAUACUUUUAUAUCAUAACAAUACAUAUAAGUAUUGGAAGUGUUUUUAUAAUAUCUUGUUUUGUAGCUACUGAAUCAUUUUCACUAGUAAACGCAAUGCAUGCUUUCGGGUUAUUUAAAGUUGCCAGUUAUCGUAUUAAACACGUAUUAAAUGGAAUUAAUCCGCACAUGUGUGUAACUAAAAACCAAAACAUUUCUCAACAUAGAAUAAUCGCUGCGGUGGAUUUCCAUAGAAGAGCAAUCGAAUUUUCUGAUUUAUUCAAAGUAACUUUUGGAUCAUCAUAUUUAAUCAUAUUAGUGUGUGUGGUGGGUUCCAUAAGCAUCAAUUUUUUUUACGUGAGUAAUUACAUACAAGGUGCUCAAAAAAGGUGGAGACUCCUGUAUAACUCUGAAAAUAUGUAAGAUAGAUGCCGGCGGUACUGUAACUUUCAAUCCCCAUAACUCGGAAAGUACUGAAUGAAGAAGCA